UCGGGGAUCAGUUGUUGAGCUGUGAACUGGCCUCCUGUUCCCUCUUCAAAGUCUUCCAUCACCUCCUCAUGGCAUCUCCACAACCACCUCUAUCUCCCCCCCCCAAGAAUGACCAAAGGUCUUCACUGCAGUUGUAAUUCUAUCUGCAUGGAUUGUUGAUAAAGAAGCUAGGCUUCAUUGAUCAAUAGCUCCACCAGUUCUCGAAGAUGGCUAAGUUUUCAUGGAAAUCCUUUCUAAUGGGUUGCUAUGGAAAGAAUGAUGAAAGGCCACACCAACAGCCUGAGAAGGCCAACUCCGCUUCACCGCUGUCGCCGGAAGAUCUAUCAUCUACCCUCGUAGGAUCAGAUCUCCAUGUGUUCACUUUCUUGGAGCUGAGAGCUGUGACAAGGAACUUCUCAAUGAGCAAUUUCAUUGGAUCAGGCGGGUUUGGGCCUGUCUACAAGGGAUUCAUUGAUGACAUUUUGAUGCCGGGGCUGAAGGCUCAAACGGUAGCAGUGAAAUCCCUGGACUUGGAAGGGUUGCAAGGCCACCGGGAAUGGCUGGCUGAGGUUAUCUUUCUUGGGCAAUUGCGGCAUCCUCACCUUGUGAGGUUGAUCGGUUAUUGCUGCGAAGAUGAGCGCAGACUUCUUGUCUAUGAAUAUAUGGAAAGAGGGAGCUUGGAGAACCAUCUCUUCAAGAAGCUUCUCACUUCUUUGCCAUGGUCGAUGAGACUUAAGAUUGCCACAGGGGCUGCCAAGGGCCUUGCAAUGCUUCAUGGAGCUGAGAAGCCGGUGAUCUAUCGUGACUUCAAAGCUUCAAAUAUAUUAAUGGACUUGGAUUACAGGGCAAAGCUUUCGGAUUUUGGGCUAGCAAAAGAUGGUCCUGAAGGAGAAGAUACUCAUGUCACAACGCGUGUCAUGGGCACACAUGGCUAUGCCGCACCGGAGUACAUCAUGACUGGCCAUCUCACAACAAAGAGUGAUGUCUAUAGUUUCGGAGUCGUGCUAUUGGAGCUAUUGACAGGGAGACAGUCCAUAGACAAAACCAGACCGACUAGAGAACGGAACCUUGUCGAAUGGUCUUGGCCUUAUUUGAAAAAUGCCGAUAAGCUAGGCCGCAUCAUGGACCCCAAUCUCGAAGGCCAAUACUCCCCCGAAGGUGCCCAAAAAGCAGCAGCAGUGGCUUACCAGUGCUUAAGCCGGAGUCCCAAAUCAAGGCCUCAUAUGAGAGACAUUGUUGAAACCUUGGAGCCACUUCUGAACUUAAAUGACAUACCCAUUGGUCCCUUGGUCUACACAGUGACGGUGGAGAAAAGAAGGGAAGAAGAUGAAGGGAAGAUGGAAAUGAAGGUCGGUGCGAAGGUGAAGCAUGAUCACCGCAACCAUGAUCGCAGACACAAACUAAAGUUUCCAAAUUCUGCGAUCCACUCUGAAACUACGCUUCAUAGGGAGGGGAGAAAUUUGUAUAGGAACUCCCCGAGGCACCACCAAGGUUGAGGGGCUCAGUCUACUGAGAAAUGAAUUACUCCAUUGUACACACACAUACUAGAAUUGCUGAGCGUCAGUUCAUACUACCACCUUAUCAUUCCUUCACAUAAUCUGAAUUUUAAAAGAUAGUCUCAAUAUAGACCAUUUCAACCUACAAAAC